AUGGUGAAAAUGCAAGAGGAGAAGAAGGUGGAGGAGCUGAGAAAAGGAAUGCGUCUGGGGAAAUAUGAGCUCGGGAGGACGCUCGGCGAGGGUAAUUUCGGCAAAGUCAAAUUCGCUAAGGAUACCGUCUCCGGUCAAUCGUUCGCCGUUAAAAUCAUCGACAAGUCUCGUAUCGCCGAUCUCAACUUCUCAUUGCAGAUAAAGAGAGAGAUCCGGACUCUGAAAAUGCUCAAACAUCCCAACAUUGUCAGAUUACACGAGGUCUUGGCUAGCAAAACGAAGAUUAAUAUGGUGAUGGAAUGUGUCACCGGAGGAGAAUUGUUUGACAGAAUUGUCUCGAAAGGAAAGCUAACAGAAACCGAGGGAAGAAAAAUGUUUCAGCAGCUCAUCGAUGGAAUCAGCUACUGUCACAGCAAAGGUGUUUUCCACAGGGAUCUCAAGCUAGAGAAUGUUCUUCUUGAUGCAAAGGGACAUAUAAAGAUCACUGAUUUUGGCCUUAGUGCUCUGCCUCAGCAUUUUAGGGAUGAUGGAUUGCUACAUACCACUUGUGGAAGUCCUAAUUACGUUGCGCCUGAGGUGUUAGCAAACAGAGGAUAUGAUGGUGCAGCAUCAGAUAUAUGGUCAUGCGGUGUGAUCUUGUAUGUGAUUCUAACCGGAUGUCUUCCUUUUGACGAUAGAAACCUUGCAGUUCUCUACCAGAAGAUAUGCAAAGGAGACCCACCAAUACCAAGAUGGUUGUCACCAGGUGCAAGAACCAUGAUCAAGAGAAUGCUCGAUCCAAAUCCAGUCACGAGGAUCACAGUCACAGGUAUUAAAGCCAACGAGUGGUUCAAGCACGAAUACACACCUUCAAUUCCCGAUGAUGAUGAUGAUGACGAAGAAGAAGUCGACACAGACGAUGAUGCUUUCUCAAUCCAAGAACUCGGAUCUGAAGAAGGGAAGGGCAGUGAUUCACCGACCAUCAUCAAUGCGUUUCAGUUAAUCGGAAUGUCUUCCUUUCUUGACCUGUCCGGUUUCUUUGAACUUGAGAAUGUAUCAGAGAGGAGAAUAAGAUUCACCUCAAAUAGCUCAGCAAGAGAUUUACUGGAGAAAAUCGAAACAGCCGUUAAAGAAAUGGGUUUCAGUGUACAAAAGAAACAUGCCAAGUUAAAAGUUAAGCAAGAAGAAACAAGCCAGAAAGGUCAAGUUGGUUUAUCAGUAACAGCUGAGGUUUUCGAGAUAAAGCCGUCACUGAACGUGGUUGAGCUAAGAAAAUCUUGUGGCGAUUCAUGUUUAUAUAGACAGUUGUACGAAAGACUAUUAAAAGAGGUGGGCACUUCCUCGCCGGAGCAAGAGUUAGUAAGUUAG